AGGUCUUGAAAUACCACGCCUACAUGCAGCAACAGCACCCAGUUUAAAAUGAUAUUUUUCCGAGUUUCCACAUCAAAUUUUUAUUUAGACGUGCAAGCUUUAGACGUGAUUCUUCAUACGAACAGAAGAUUGUACUUGAAGCCCCUUGGUGGGCAGAAGGAAGACCUUGUAGUGGGUUGCUCGUAGUAGAAGUGGACUCAGAAGACCACAUAGUGCCACCUCUAAUACCUUGCUUUCUUUGUUUCCAUGUGACGAACAAGAGGUACAACUAGACCGGAAAAAUAUUAAAUCAUUCUCAUGAACAAGAUGCCCCGUGGGGCAGGACCACCUGCUUUGAAAAUGACGAAACAUCCGAGAAAUAACCCGGUCGCUGCGUCGGUCAUUUUCGCAACUACGCUGUGUAACUUCUUGUACAGUUGUGACAACGCAGGAGUUCGGAAGACUGUGUCGAUGCAAAUCGGACCACGGGAUCAUAAGCGGAGCAAGGCGGGGCUUCAGGAGCAGCAGCACCCUGUGCGAAAAAAUAGAAAAAGCAGCUUUCUGCGAAGUAGAAGUACUUCUACCAAAGAAGCGCCAGCAGAACGAGUUCUUGUUGAUUCGGAAAAUAGAUCUGGUGAGAGCCUCGUAAGGAAGCAAAGCUUGCUCACCCGGGCAGGAAGGGGAACCAAGAUGAGUGAAAAUUGCAGCAGCAGCCCACGACGUACUUCUACUAAAGGGGACCAGGAGCACGGAGGGCAACGUCAAACGCAGAGUACAACUACAAGUACAAGCGGCCUGCGAAAUAAUAAAAUGGCCAAACCUAGUUCCUUCCUAGCGGGGGCCGCGGCUUCUCAGUCAUCAAGGUCGAAGAUGCAGGAUGAAGAUGCAGGACAUGAAUUUCAAGAUAGACAACAAGCGCAAAGCCAAAACCAGCAACAUCUUCACCCUUUCUGGUCUAAACAGAACUUGCAGUCUUUUUCCGCCACGGACCUGGACAAAGUCGAGCAAAAGUUGCGCCUUCUGCGCAAAAAAACAGAUGUUAUCGUCGCCGAUUGUUGGCAAAAUCCGAACGCGUUUCCGGAGGAAGCGAGAGGUUUCAUCGGACAUCUCGGGAGGUGUGAGGAGUUUUAUUCUGCAGGAGGUGAUGGUGAACAAAUAUCAACCAGUGGCAAUUUGGGUCCUAGCAGCAGUAGUCCUUGUCAGCCUCUGGGACGGUUGAAUGUGAAUAGCAAUUUGCUUGCACGACGAGGACCAGUAGAUGAUCAUGGGACAAACAAGACAGACGAAGUCGAGGGCCAUGCUGGGACGCCAAACGCAACAUCGGUAUCAACAGCUGACGAAAGCGGAGCUGUUGAAAGUACAACAGGAAGAGCGUUUUUGACUUUAUCUGUAUCGACUACAUCAAACACGACCACGACCACCUUCAGCUCGGCGUGGGUCUUCGUGGAUAUUGACCAAACUGCUCCCGUUUAUGGCGACUACAGCAAGUCUGGUGUGUUACUAGAAGAAGACGCAGCAUCGAUCCAAGGCCACGACGCGGCUCUGUUAAAAAGCCAGGACAUUGGCUUCGAGCAGUGUGUUUCUACCAUGAUAGGGAAAUUAUUCGUGGAAGAAUUGGCGCCGAGAGACCUUGAAACGGGAGAAAUUGUUGGGACAAGAAAGGAAAUAAACCAAGCCGACGCCGAGCAAGAAGGAAAAUUCCUCGGCAUGUCCGACUCGCAAGAACGAAAAUUCUUCGGCAUUUCCGACUCGCUGCGCGACCGCAAUGUUGGGUCUCAAAUGCACAACUACAUCCAAUACGCCAAUUUCGCCUUGGAAAGCACUGGGAGACAGACCCAGUGGCCGCACGUGCACGCAGGAGUCGUGGAGGUAAAAACAAAUGCGCAGCAUGGACUGCAAAACGACGCUUCAUCUGCAACUGCAACCUUAACCGACGACCAGGCUACUUCCACUGCCGAAACGGCACGACCAGCACCUUCUUGGGAAAACAACAACCUCUACCACGAGAAGAACCAUGUGGAUGCGAGAAACUCGCCCUGGUACGUGAAAACGGUGUAUCAACUGUAAAAAUGUCUGGGUCUGGAAGAAUCCAACUUGUCAUGCUGAUUUUGGAUUCAAAAAAAAUCUGUAUUGCAUGAGCAGCAAAGAGAGUUCAAGUUUUGGUACACGGAAAGAGCAUUUGUCAUGAGGUAUAGGCAUCAGGAAGCCCUCACAAAAUCUGUGUUGCUAGGGCAUGCAUCACAGACAUCAGGAGUCAUGCAAAAUGUGCAUGACAAACCUGGCAAUAUUCCAGACCCAGACAUUUUUACAUUUGAUACGGUGACCCGCGUGCCGAAAAACGUGGUCAUCGCGAUCGACCGCUCUGCUAUCAAAUGCACAUAUGUCUGGGUCGGAAAUUUCUAAACUUGUGAUGCUGUGUCUGGAUUCAAAAAAUUUUUGUAUUGCAUGACCAGCCAGAGGACUCAAGUUUGUUCUACACGGAGAGGGCAUUUCUCAUGCGGAAUAGGCAUUAGGAAGCCCUCUAAAAAUCUGUGAUGCUAGGGCAUGCAUUACAGACAUCAUGGGUCAUGCAAAAUAUGCGUGACAAACCUGGCAAUCUUCCAGACCCAGACAUAUUUGCAAUCCAUAUCUGCUUCCAUGAACGCGGUCACCGUGACGGGCGGGCGGCACCAGACCAAGCGGCCGGACCGGUGGCAGCCGGCGAUGCGGGGGGUAAAAGCGGUUCUUGAUUCGCUCUCGGACAACGACAGAUUUAACGUCUUCACGUUCAACCACGAGUUGUCCAUCAGCUCCUACGAGUUGGUGAAAGCGACAAAAAGUAACAAAGAACGGGUGAACAAAUGGCUGGACCAGUUACACCCUACUGGCGCCACCAUGACGGGGUCCGCCGUGGCCGCAGCUCUCGCGAUCGGCUCUACUGGGACGCUGCCCGCGCGGGCCCGGCAGAUCAUCGACAAGAACUUGCAGCCGCAGCAGCCCGUGCCAAGCAAAGAGUGCUUCGAAAUGAGCGACUUCUGCUCCACCCAGAUUCUGCUCAUCACCGACGCAACGGAGAAGGGAACGUAUAGUGAAGAAGCAGUACAAGAGAUGAAAACUUGGUUCCCGCCAAGCCAGGGAACGACCUUGAACAGCUAUUUAAUCGCCCCGGAGCAUGUAUGAGAGUGCACAACCCCCCCUCUCCCUCAUUUGUAUAGCAUGAACGGCAAUACAAGCGUCAGCAAGAAUGCCGGUUUUGCAUGACAAAUUUGCCCAGGAGUGUAGUACUGUUUGGGCUUCAUCCGGAGUUUGUCAUGCGAGCAAUGCCAAGAGGGACAGCCUGGGUUUGGUAUUUCGCAUGACAAAUGAGGGGAAGGGGGAGUUGUGCAGUGUCAUAGCAUGGGGACCAUUUCACCGCUUUUGAUUUUUUCGAAAAGCUCUCCAACGCGCACAACGGAGAAGCGGUCCACCUCUACUCGGACAAAGAGGGCCACAUUGAAGAAACCAUCAGCCGGUAUUGGCGCCAGUUCGCCGAGCAGAGUGAUGAAGCGGAGAAGGAUAGAGUGGUGUGGACCCGACACUACGAUUUGUUAACCAAACAAGAAAGGCUCACCGCCUGCAUGCUCGUGAUGCAGGGACUGGUGGGCGAGGGAGAGGGCGGAGAGCUGCAACGACAGCCAACGGCUGCAGGUGCGGCAGGAUCGGGCGUUGGGCCGCACGAGCAAGUUUUUUCAUCCAGCAAACACACCCCCGGCGGCGACAACCGACUGGGAGUCCUCUGUGUGGAUGCUUCGACAGUGUUAAAGCGCUCCUUUUUCGAGCAAAUUCGGUGUCAGCCGUAUUUUCACACGGAGUUACAGUCGCGGAGACCUAUUCCGGACUACUGCCCCGCGAGGGAAGAAAGACAAAGCCGGUGCGACAAGUCGGCCUGGGAAAGCAUGCAACCGAAUGCAAAAAUCAACAAGUGGCUGAGUAACGAAGUUUUAGAACUCGUUGGGACCGACACCGCCAGUUUUAUCGGCGAAGCGAUUGAGCGGAACGGGAAGGGGAUCCCGGACUUAUCAAGUGAAAAUAUGUCUGAGUCUGGAAGGUUGCAACUUGUCAACAUGCUAUGUCUCGAGCACAAAAAACUGUGUAUUGCAUGAAGGCCAAAAGUUGCCCAAUGCCAAUUCUUGCUAUAAGCAAAAGGCGGAUUUCUCAUGCGGAAUAGCCAUGAGGAAGGUCUCGCAAAAUCUGUGAUGCUUUUGUGUGCAUUCCAGAUUAUGUGCGUAGUCCACGAGAUGCAUCACAAAUUUCGAAAUCUUCCAAACCCAGACAUGUUUGCAAUGCAUAGGACUACCAGUUGCACAAUUUACCAGGGUCGUUACCGACGGUGGAGGAGGAGGAAUUGAUAAGAAAACGGCAGGAGGAAUUGGACCGGGAGCUGGCGGAGAAAAUUAGGAGUGGACAACAUCUUCAAACGACGUUUGAACAAAACGCGGAAAAUCAAAAUCUCGGCUUUGACCAAAUCCAGUGGAACGAUUUAUCCGUGUUAGAAAUCGGGUGCGCGAAACCUACGACGACUACUACCACGACAACAACCACAACCACAACUACCACGACAACAGUUGUUCUUACCACGACCACGACGACAAGCACCACUACUUCAACGGUGACUACUAGCACAGUCGUUUCAACCACCACUAGUACAAUAACGUCUACCACCACAUCAACCACUACCCAGAACACGACGGUAAACGCCACGGCCCUGAAUCUUGGCGCCCCGCCUAGUACACCCGGCGACAAUGAUAUGAACUGCAAAAGUAUCCGUAUCGUACUCGUAUAAAUGCAUGACAAAUUUUCUCAGCAUGAGAAAUAAAAUUUGUAAUGCGGAUUUACCUUAAGAAAGAGCUUUGUUAUGCAUGAUUGCAAUUUCUACGAGUACGAUACUUUUGCACAGGAUCAACGACCCUUUCAACCUACUAGGCCUGCCCUUCUGGGUUGCGAUUCUGGCGAUCUCCCUGUGCUGCGUUGUGACGACACUGUGUGUCGUGUUGAUCAUUUGCUGCUGCUGCGGGUCGAAUGAGGCACGGUAUGUGUUGCUCGGGGCGGAAGAUUCAUCUGCACAGGACAACAACGAUACACGUCGUGAACAAAAUCAAAACGUGAUCGGUUUUGCGAAGCCCCGGCAGUUAUGAAAUGCAAACAUGUCAGGGUCUGGAAGAUUGGAAGACUUCCUUGUCAUGCAGGCUUUCCAUAAUCCAUGUCGUCUGGAAUGCAGGACCUAGCAUGACAGAUUCUGCGAGAUCCGUGUCAUGCCCAUCCUGCAUGAGAAAUUUCCUCUCCACUUGGUCCAACGUUUUCAGCUUUUGGCAUUCACGCAACACAGAUUUUUGCACCACGAUCCAGAAUUAGCAUUUCAAGUUGCAACCUUCCAGACCCAGACAUAUUUGCGAUGCAUAGCAGUUGAGUCAAGUAGUCACUUCGCAGGAAGUAGAAGACCAGCUGGCUUUGAUCAAGGAUGCUCUGGAGAAUAGACAGGAUCGUGCUGGCAACAAUGGAACGACACAGGAUGAUCCCGAUGUACUACUUCCUGACGUAGCAACAGCUCUUCCACCGGCCGAUGCUGAUAAUGAUCCAAGUAAUGCACUAGAAAAUCAAGAAAGGGCGCCGUCCACGUUUCUCAACUAUCAACUGUAAAAAUGUCUGGGUCUGGAAGAAUGCAUGUUUGUCAUGCUUGUCUGGCAUGACUCUUAAAUCUGUCAUGCACAUUGCCCAAGAGACGUUUUUUUCUGUCAUGCGGAGACGCAGUUUGUCAUGCAGAAUAGGCAACACCUACAAGCUCAGAAAUUUGUCAUGCUGAGCCAGCACUUGUGGCCUCCUUAUGCUACGCCACUCAGCAUCACAAGUUUCCAGACCCAGACAUUUUUACAUUUGAUAUCAACGUCGGGACCGCAAGAACUUCGUCGCCAGGGGGCGAAUACCCUGUGCAAAAGUAUCGUACUCGUAUUGCAAGCAUGCAUUACAAAUUCUUUUGUUGAGGUCAAAACGCAUUACAAAUUUUGUUUCUCAUGCUGAGGAAAUUUGUAAUGCAUUUAUACGAGUGCGAUACUUUUGCAGUUCAUAGCGAAGUGCUGACCACACCUCCAGCAGGCGCAGUGAUACCCCCGCCAGGCAAUUCCGGGUCGACCGACGAGGGCGUCAACAUGCGCGACUACGAUGUCCAGCUGACCUCCGAAGAGAUAGCCGCAGACACCGAGGGCAGUCCGCAGGGAGCAGUGGUUCAUCAUGGAGAUAAUUCAGAAGCGACGCAUUUCUUUGUUCCGGUGCCAGCGGAAAUGUUGCUAGGAGAAGCUGGUGCAGCUGCGCAGCAGGGGGAACAGCAAGAGCUGCAAGGUGAAGCUUCUACUUCAAGGCCCGCGACAGCAAGCCAAGUUCUGUUCACUGGAUUCGGUCUCUCGCAGACAGGACAGGCUGCGGCAACGGGUGGGGUUUUUGGAGGUGACAACUCCGAGAACACUCCUGAAGAUCAUGAAAAUGAAAUCGCGGGCAACAACAGAAGCGCCGGCCAAGAGGACCUACACGACGAAAACGACCCGAAUAACCUGCCACGGGGACGAACAGGCGGGCCGAUCGUGGCUGCCGCUCGGAGUAGAAAGAGCAAGAAAAACAGACCCUCCAAAACCUUCGCGGACGUGGACGAGCAACGAAGAAAUAAUGCUUCCGACCGCUCCCGGUCGAGCAAAAGGUCCUCUAGUAGGAAAUUAUCCAGUAGGAGAUCCAGUAGAAGGCCAAGUAGGAAAUCCACCCCGACCCUUCCAAGUAGGAUGUCCGGACGGGAAUCGAACCUGGCGAAUCGGCCAUCCACAGUGAUUGGGUCGUUUUUCCCUCCGGGAGAAGGGGUUCCGCCCCCGGAGAGGGGGCGAGGUGGAGCAGGGAAGAAGAAAAAGCUUUCCAAACAAGGCUCGGUUGCAGCGAUGGUACUGCGGAAAUCUUCUAGAAGUCUGAGUCAAAGGCAAAGUCGUGUGUCUUCCUCGUUGCAAGUGAAGCCGCCUGUUGCAGGAGCCGAAGAUGCGCCUGUUCACCCUCGUCAGCAGAGUCGACCGCAAGAAGAACCUCCGCGAAAAAGUUCUGGCACGAAAAAUAUUCGCAGCAGUAGUCGGGCAAGCAGUCGCUCCAGCAGUCGGGCAAGCAGUCGACCAAGCCAACAGCGAUUGCGGAAGAAGAAGUCGAAAUUGUGAAGAAGAUAGAAGUUUUGAUUGACUACAGUUGCGUCGCGGAUAAGACGAAGGCUAAUGCUGCCAAGGCUGAAGCGUAACAUUAUCAUCUGCUGUAGAACUUUUCCAUGCUUGUGUGUCUCACUCGCAAGCGUAACAGAUAUUACACCCAUUCCAUCUUUAUUCAAGCCUUGUAGUUUUGCAGCAUUCCAAGUGCGUGCGCGCUUGUGCAAGCGCCUCAUGCGAUAAUGAAUUUUUCGGUUUCAACGGUUUUCAAAAGUACCAAGAGCAAUAAUCCUAUAGAAGAUAUUUUUGGUUCAUCGUAUUUGUGCAACCUGCAAAUAAAAAACUCGUUUCAUCUAGCAGUUCUAUCCACCUCCAACAUGAUCGACUUUGUUCUACUCCCCAUUAUACGAGCAGUUCGGGCUGUUCUAGGAUGCCCACGUCUACUCUUGAUAUGUUCUCCGGUGACAUGACCCCCAAAUUUUUCCCUGAACAGCCAGAUUUUCUCCCUUUGAUUUGCAAAAC